CAUCAUUUAUUCUUCUAGCUGCUACCAGUGUAGCCACUUCAUAUGAUUUGCUAACUUAAUAUCUAAAGUGCGCUUUAUUUUUUGAGCUCGGGGUAUAGUCAGAACUGCCAAUCGGACGUGCGAAGAGUUUUUAUUUAUUGGCUGGCAUAAUGAAGGAUCACUGCAUCUGGAAUUGAGUCUUUCUUGAGCACGUGGCAAAGUUAUAAUGUCUUGGCUUCUAAAUUCAACUCUUAAUGGUUCAACAUCUAAUCUUGCGGACUCCUCAGGCCGACCCUAUACCACAUUGUUUUAUGGCCAGUCUGCGGCAGUGCCUGGGUUCCAUCCUUCUGGUGGUCUUCAAGGAUUGCAUAAUAUUCAUGGAAGCUUCAACCUGCCAAAUGUGCCUGGUUCGCUUGCAUCCAGAGAGGCCAUAAUGGGUGUUGUACCAUCAGGUGGUGUUCAGCAACCAGGAGGAAGCAUUCCUAGUGGACGGUUCUCAUCAAACAAUCUUUUGGUUGCAUUAUCUCAGAUGCCUCAUGGCUCUGGUGUCACAAAUAGAGGGGGUAUUAAUGUUGUUGUAAAUCAUGCUUUUAGUAGUAGUAAUAUUAAUGGAGUUACUGGGUCAAUAACUGGGUUGGUAGGUGAAGAUGAUGAUGGUAGAAGAAGGAUUUGGAUUGAGAAGGAUCUCCAUAAGAUUAUCUUCUACUCUACCUUUUUCAUGUUUUUGUAUGACAUUGGAAUUUGGAUACUAUGA